AUGGCUGGUAAUCCUUCUGAAGAACUGGAGUUAUUAGAGCGCGUGCUUCUCCGUUUGGGAUUCGCUGACACAGACGAGCAGUUGCAGAGUACAGUGACCAAGUUCCUGACACCAGUGUUGAUUAAAAUUACUUCUCCUAAUGAAAACGUUCGCAAAAAGGUUAUGGAGAUUUUGACUCAUAUCAAUAAGCGGCUUAAAUCAAGGAACCAGAUCCAGAUACCACUACAACCUUUGUUGACUCAGUACCAGCAGGCCGACUCGUUGUUUUUGAUUAAUUUUGCUAUUAUCUAUAUCACGAUGGGUUUUCCAAGGUUGUCAGUUGAGGAGCAAACAGAGCUCGCUCCGGUUCUUUUAAACUGCCUUGAAGGAAAACCAGAAACUCACCAAGACAAAAUAUUGAUGCUGGUCCUUCCACUGCUUGGGGAAAUUAAGAUUCCGGUCAAUCCGGAGAGCCGCUCGGAAUUGCUUGGAUUAUCGAACAAGCCACAUACUAAGCAGCAACUCUUGUCCAUGCUGUUAGACGUGUUGCUUUUACCGUAUGGAACGCUGCCUGAUAGCGACGUUCCACUAGGUAUGAGUGUGUACUCUUUCAAGCGUGUGACUUCGAAACCCCCUAAAGCGGAGGAGCUCGAACAGUUGAAAAAGGGUAUCGUGCGGUUCAUUUGCGGGGGCAUUUUCCCUGAUCAAGAGAUUUUAGCUCAUCUUGUGGUAGCUUCGGCCGAUACGCGAUUCUCCGUUGUUACACCGGCUGUCGGGGAGCUAAAUAAAAUCAGCAGCUCUCUCGAUUGGACCGACCCGAAGCUAUGCGGGCCGCUAUAUACGCUGUUUACUGGCAAUGGUUCCAAGCUACCGGAUAGGAAGACGAGCGGUGUUAGCGCAAGGGUUCGCCAAAAGCUGCUGCAACAUUUGCUAAAGUGCCGUGGCAAAGGAAUUAUAAUUGCGAACGGCAUUCAGGUGAUUUUUGAAUCUUUGUUUGGGGAAAACACGAAUCAAAAAUGCAAAGUGUUGGCUCUGCAAUUUGCCUACAAUCUAAUGAACAACGGCCAAACGGAGCUUAUCAACAAACUUUCGAAGGUGCUGCUUACAGGGAUUGCCAAACUAAUCGGCACUACUUCGGAAGAAUCUGUCGAGGUGCAGAAUGCUGCGUACAGUGCGAUGGCACAGCUAGCUAUCGUGUGUCCUGGCACAGUUAAUGAAGACAUACAGCUUGUCGGCGAAUAUUUUAAGCACUUGCAGCAAGCUCCGGUAGAGUUGCAUUCAUCCAUCCGCGAAGCAUUAGUGGCUCUGGCACAAGCAUUCGACUGGAGAAAGCAAACCACAGAUUCAGCUGUGACCAUGGAAGCCAAAAGGAUGUCGGAGGAACCCGGAAACUCCGUAAAAACGGCGCCAACAUCGAUGGGAAAACGCUUUGUUCCGAAUGCAAAUCAGCAACUUUUGUUGGCACUGCUAAGUGAAAAGGCUGAAUCAAAGCUAACGAUCGUUCAGAACGUUGCUUCUGUCUUUCUGACCACGUGCUUUCCCGAUUAUUACGUACCGUCGCGUUACUUGCUGCUAAUAAUUUGUGGCGAAAGCACACAAUUGCGCGACAUGAUGACGACGUACCUGUACGGCGUGUUGAAGAAGGAUCACAUCAACUACGGUGCCAUUCGUUCUGUGGAUGGGUUCGCUGGGUCGGUACCAUCUGAGGAGACCGUCGAUAGCAAGCGUAUCUUUCUGCCAUCGUUCUGUGAAAUGGUGCAAUACGUUGCCUCGAAGUCGGAACGUAAAGUGGCUACGGUCGUAGACCGGUCUGGUUACGGAAAGGUGAAGCUACCGUAUGCCUUUGAUACGUACGUUGAAGUGUUGGAUUAUCUGCGCAUAUGCUUGCUUUUCAAUGCUGGUAUAAAUAGUCAUCCCGAUAAUGAUGAAGGAUUGUUCAAGCUGACCGCGUUCUUGCGCAGAUUGGUUUCCGAGGGACAGCGAGAAACCAUUGUGAAGUAUAACGAUCUUGUUCGUCGCCUGGUAGUUGCCCGCAAGGGUAUCACCGAGUUAACGUGUUUGUACGAUCUCGUGAACGGCAUACCGGAUGUGCUAGUGGAGGAAAAUCGGGAUCUUCUGUUGACCCUCGAAGGUUCGCUGAAGGAAACGUUCGAACCGACGCGUGCUCUUAUUGCCAAAGUGUAUGGCGUGCUGAUUGCCUACGUUUGCGAUGAUGCCGAGUUUGAUCACCAGGUGAAACAACUGCAAACUCUUGGUAAUAAAUCGCUGGAAACGCGACACGGUUCCAUUUUGGCUGCCGCAAAUGCCGUCUAUCGCAAGUUGCUGUUGAAGAAGAACGAUACGAUUGCGAGAGAGAACUGGGACACUCUACAAGUGUUGAUCGAGUUGCUCGUAUCGUUGCUAAACGAUCAACAGUCACUGCUGCAGUCGGCCGCCAUUCGUAGCCUGUGCUUGAUCGGUUCCUGCACGGUGCUUCCGCUGGCAGAGGAGGAAAAAAUGGAAACGGACGACGCUGCUGAGACGGCUGGAAAGAAACCCAUAACGACAAAAGCGUCGCUGAUGGAAACGCUCCUAACGCUGCUUCAAAACGGUCACACGAAAGCAAAAAUUCGCCAAGAUGCGGCACACUGCCUCGGUUAUCUCGCGAUUGGCGAUCGGGAGUACUAUUCGCGAAAGGUUUUGGAGAGGCUGUUGGGGCUACUCAAAAUGACCAAGGAUCCGGCAUUACACAUUGCGAUCGGUCAAGCACUCGCCUAUACGCUGCAAGGUCUUCCGAGAGAGGACGACCCGUCCUACGACGGUACGGUUGGAAAUGCAGAUGACGAAACGCUGUCCUGGUUCCUGCUCGAGUUGGUAAAGCAGUUGAACGAAACGCACGCUUACUUGAAGCAAGCGGGAGCCAUCUGGUUGCUGGCCGUGGUGAAAAAUUGUAGCCGUCGUCGGCCCAUCAUGGAGAAACGAGAAAUUAUACAGAUCGCACUAGUCGAUUUGCUAUCGGAAGAUAAUGAGCUUAUUCAGGACGUUGCUUCUCGAGCGUUGGGUAUUAUCUUUGCGCUUUCUGAUAACGCAUGUCAGGAGGAUAUGUCAAACUUGUUGCUCGAUCAGCUGGUUGGUGGCCGGCGACAGGUGCAAAAAGUCGUUGAAGAUUCGAAACUCUUUGAGGAAGGUGUGCUUGGGAAGGCGCCGACCGGAGGUAACUUGUCGACGUAUAAGGAAUUGUGCAGCUUGGCAUCGGAUCUAAACCAGCCGGAAAUACUAUACCAAUUCAUGGAAAUCGCAAAUCACAACGCCACAUGGAACAGCAAAUUAGGGGCGGCUUUCGGGCUGAUGUCGACCACAAAAUCGGCGAAGCUCAAGAUGGAGCCAUUCCUGGCCAAAAUUGUGCCGCGAUUGUUUCGAUACAAGUACGAUCCGACACCAAAGAUUCAAAACUCGAUGAUCAACAUCUGGGACUCUGUGGUAACGGACUCGAAAGCGACGGUUGAGCAGAAUUAUUGGGCGAUUCUGGAGGAUGUGACGAAAAAUCUUACCUCGAAUGAGUGGCGCACCCGAAUAGCGUGCUGCCUUGCGGUACGGGACCUUAUUAAGCGCGCAGCAGGACUGAAGCUGCGGUCGGAUCCGGUGGAUAAGAGGAUAAGCGGUGAAGCGUCGACGAGUAGCAUGGACGUAGAUCAGCUACAAACGGUUCCGGAACCUGAACUACGGUACUUGUGGACUCAGUUGUUCCGCGUGAUGGACGACAUCCAUGAAGGAACGCGUCUUGCUGCCGAGGGCACCGCCAACGCUCUGAGCAAGGUGUGCGUGGUGGCUUCGUCGAGUGAUAGCAGCAAAUCGGCGACAAACGUUGCAAGCUCUAUCAUUCCGCUGUUUCUAGAGACAGGAGUUACACACACGGUGCCCGAAAUACGGCGGCUAAGCAUUCGAACAUUGUCGGAGUUGAUCGAUUCCGCGGGUGUGCUGAUUCUGCCGCAUCUAGCGAGUUUGGUUCCGUGCCUGCUACAAGCAACAGGAGAACUCGAUUCGACCAAACUGUCGUACUUAUCGACGAUGGUUUCGGGACAAUCGGGCGGUGGUACGCAGGAAGCAAUCGAUGCGUUACGGGCCGAGGCGGCCAAGCAGCACUACACCAUGGAAACGAUAACAAAGUGCAUCCGGCACAUUGACUACGCCACGCUCGAACGCAUGAGCCCAUCCGUGCUGGAUCUUAUCAAGUCGAGCGUUAAUCUAGGCACGAAGGUGGCUUGUGCGCAUUUCAUUUGUCUCGUUUGCAUCCACCUUGGGGACGCGAUGCAAUCGCUGACAAGCAAGUACCUCGGUGCAUGUUUCACGGGGCUGUCCGAUCGAAAUGCGACCGUACGGAGGUACUAUGCGUCGGCCAUCGGACACCUAAUUGGCACGGCCAAGGAGCAAUCGAUCGUACGGUUGUUUACCAAGCUGGAGGAGCUUUACUUCGAGCAGCAGACGAACCGAUCGAAAGCGGUCCCACUGACCAUCCAGGCAAUUAACAAGCGCCACCAGGAGGUGCUGAAGGACUACAGUGCGAACGUGCUGCCGCUGGUGUUUUUCGCGAUGCACGAGGAAAUCACGGAGGACAACAAGUCCACCGUUGAGCUGUGGCAGGAGCUAUGGCAGGAAAUUAACACCGGUGAUGCCGGGUUGCGCAUGAAUCUCGACGCGAUCGUGAUGAUCCUAGAGACGAACUUAAAUAAUCCUUCCUGGCUACUCAAGGCACAGGCCGGUGCGGCUACCAACACACUCGCGGCGAAGCUGAGCGCCAAGCUGGAAGAUGCCGUACGGUGUCGCUUGAUCGAUCUGAUACUGAACAAUGUGAGUGGCCGCACGUUCCAGGGUAAGGAGCGAUUACUGCAGGGCUUGGCUAGUUUGUGCAACAAGCUCGACCAGCAAGCGACGAACCACGCGGAGCGCAUUGUCGACGCGGUCAUGAAGGAGUGUCGCAAGGAGGAACCGAUCUAUCGUACGCACGCGUUGCGUUCACUUGGGAACAUACUGGACGAACUGAAAGUGGACCGGUUCGAGGAGGUUUAUAACAUGGUUUGGCAUCUGCUCGACAAGCAGCAGCAAGAUGCGGACGAAAAAGCAUCCGGUUCGGUGGACAGUUCCCACGCGGUGGAAUUUGUGUCGUCCGAGGAACGUAACAAACAGAUGCUCAUUUCAGUGCAACUGAAGGAAACGGUCUGCGAGACCCUCGGUAAAGCCUGGCCGGAGAAUUCAAUCGAAACACAAACACGCUACCAGCGAAUGUUUGUUGAAAAGUGUGUCCAGUGUUUGAAACUCAACACACGUCCGGUACAGUUGUGUCUGCUGCAAGCACUCGGCCGGUUUUUGGAGCGUUUGCAUCUUUUACGCAACAAUGUCAGCCAACCGUCUGGGGGAAGUAAUGAGGAUGCCACUGGUGAGGGACUUUCAGGAGCGAACCGAGAGAAAAAAGCAAAGGUGGAAUCGGAUUGUGUGGAAGGAAAUAUUCUGGAGAUGAUCUGCCGCAUCGUGUUGUCAGCGAUUGUUCAAGUUUCUUCAAUUCCACAUACCGGUCUCAAGAAGGAAGCUCUCAAUGUACUGCUUAUACUGACUAAAAAGCUGCGAGCAAAGGAACCAGGCAUGGUUGAAGGAGAGUUAAAUCUUGUGCGGCAAACGUUUACCCAGAUACUGCAGCAGUUGCAGAAGGACACGGCUCCAGAGAUCAAAUGUCGUCUCAAGGAUUUAGAGGAUAAGCUCAAGUAAAGGGUGUACGCGUGGUGGCCAUUUACUUAAAACGAAGAUUGCAUGAUAUAAAUUUUCUAACAGUGUGUUGGUGAUGAUAACGCUAUAAAA